AUGGCACGAAGGCAACCUCAUCCUUUUGACCCAUUAUCUCCGGCAGAGAUCUCGCAGGCUGCUCAUUGUGUCAAAGAUGCAUUCCCAAACGAUGAUAUAGCCUUCCGAGUAGUGACUCUUUUCGAACCAGCCAAGACUGAGAUGAUUCCAUUCCUGGAAGCUGAACACGCAAAGAAGCCUGGGGCUUCUCCCCCACGGCGAACGGCGUUAGUUCAUAUCAAUUUGAACGGCCUAAGCGAUCUCCGGGCAUUACACGUGGACUUGAAUAGAUUGGAAAUCAUCCAUGAGAAUGAGCUCCAAGGGCAUCACUCUUACCAAUAUAAUACAAAAAUGAGAGCCAUGGAGAAAGCCUGUCUGGCCGCACCCGAGGUUCAAGCUAUGAUAAAACUUUUGGAGUUACCGGAAAAUGCCGCUGUGAAUGUUGAGUGUUGGACGUUUGGAACAGAUGGAAUGAACGACAUGUCCGAAAGAAUAAUCAUGUGUUACCUCUACAUGAGUCUGAGCACCCACGUUGACUCUAACCACUAUGCCUAUCCUUUGGAUAUCUGUGUGGAAAUGCGAGGUGACCGCCGAGUGAAGCGAGUUUUGUCUUUACCACUCGGCGAGAAUGAUCGCAUGAGUCUAGCUGCUGACGAUGCAGCUAAAAUAAAGCCUUUCGACCGGAGGAAAAUACAUGGCUCAAGCGAGUACCAUCCUGACCUGGUUACAGAACGACGAACGACAACCAAGCCCUACCAGGUUGUUCAGCCUGAUGGUUCUUCUUUCCAAACUGAUGGGAAUCUACUUACCUGGGAGAAAUGGCGGUUGAGACGAGAGGGAUUGACUCUGCACGAUAUCACCUAUGAUGGUCGAAGCCUGUUUUAUCGCCUGGCUCUCUCUGAGAUGUUUGUGCCUUAUGGAGAUAGUCGCGCGCCGUAUCCACGCAAAGCUGCCUUUGAUCUGGGGAGUAACGGUGCGGGCGUCAAUGCCAAUAAUCUGAAGCUUGGCUGUGACUGUUUAGGACACAUCAAGUAUUUUGAUGGAUACCACCAGAACAUCAAUGGUGAUCCCAUAAUUCUUCCAAGUGUCGUCUGUUGCCACGAGAUCGACGACGGUAUCCUCUGGAAACAUACCAACUUCCGCACGAACAAUGCCGUUGUGACUCGCUCACGAGUUCUAUUCCUGCAAACCAUGAUCACCGUCGGCAACUAUGAGUAUAUCUUCGCAUUCCAGUUUACUCAGGACGCCUCCAUCAACUACGAAGUUCGAGCCACCGGUAUUCUCUCAACAGCUCCUAUUAACCUUGAUCAAAACGUCCCAUACGGAACCCUCGUUGCACCUGGUGUGAUGGCACCAUAUCACCAACACCUCUUCAGUCUACGAAUCGAUCCCGCAAUAGACGGGCACAAGAACUCUCUGAUGGUAGAAGAAUCUCAUGCGAUGCCAAUAAACGACCCAGCCGUACACAACCCCUUCGGGAUAGGAUAUACAACUACCCGCUCGAUCGUCAAAACUGAAUCCCCACUCGACCUCGGCAUUGCUAAAGGAAGGGUAUUCAAAAUCGUGAACGAGCAUGUCCUGAAUGGAGUAACCGGUGGACCUGUCGGAUACAAACUCGUUCCGCAACCUUCACAGAUGAUAUUGGCGCACCCAUCUUCCUACCAUUUCAAGCCCUCUGAAUCCGCCGAACACGCUAUUUGGGUAACGCGGUACCAUGAUGGAGAGCUAUACAGUGCCGGAGAGCACACAAUGCAGUCGCUCGGUGGGGAAGGCAUUGCGUCUUGGAUUCGGGAUCGUACUGAGCCUCUGAGUGUGCGUAAUGAAGAUCUGGUCGUUUGGCAUACGUUUGGCACGACCCAUAAUCCUCGUGUGGAGGAUUGGCCUGUCAUGCCGGUGGAGAAGAUGAUGGUUUCGCUUAAGCCGGUGAAUUUCUUUUCUGGUAAUCCGGCGCUUGAUGUGGCGGUUAGUACGCAGGUGAAUAAUCAAAGUGUGUUGGUUGAGGAGAAGAGAGGUGUAGAAGCAGAAAUCUCCGGGGAGUGCUGUCCUAGACUUUGA